AUGUCGAAAGAUAUUGCUUCCAUGAGAGAAAUACAACACAACCGACAACUCAUUAUGCAAGCUCUAAAUAAGAACACAACAAACUUUUCAAACUAUUCUAAGAUAUCUGAGUCAUUGAAAGAAGGAAACUUAAAACUGACAAUAAACCCAAUGACAGAUGAGUUUCUGUUUCAAGACAAUAAGAACCAUACUGUCUGUAUAAAUCCAACAAAAGGAACUUUAAACGAGAAACCUAUAAAUGAACUUCUUUUGAAAGCAGAUGUUGACAACAAAGCUGACAAAGAAUAUGUAGACGAUGCAAUAGCAAAAGAAGAAGAAAGAGCUAACAAUGCUUAUGCAACAAAAGAACAUACUCAUCCUGAACUAGCAGACAAAACAUAUGUUGACAAUAAAAUGUCAAGUGAAGUGACAAGAGCUGAAAACGAAUAUUCUAAAAAGACUCAUACACAUUCUAUAUCUGAAAUAACAGACUUAAACGUUAGCCUUGAAAAGAAAGCGGAUAAGGAUUGUGUGGCUAGUGCGUUAGAGAAGAAAGCAGAUAAGGAAUAUGUGGAUGAAAAAGAUAAUGAAAUUAUAGAAAGGGUUGAAUGGUAUCAUGGAUGGACAUCGAAGAUUUUAAAAACUAAAGCCGAUACAGGAUGGGUUUCAGGAUGUUUAGACCUUAAAACAGAUAAAACUUAUGUUAACGAUGAGUUAGAGAAGAAAGCAAAUAAAACAUAUGUCAAUGAAAUAUACCAAAGUUUGAUAGGAACAACAAAAAAUAUUGAAACUAUUGUUGGUGACUUUUCUUUCAAUGAAGAAAAUAAAUAUUUUAGAUGGCAGUUUGUACAUUCCUUAAAAAAUGGUAUACGGUAUAAACUCAUUCCGAAAAAUAACAAUGAAAUGUAUGUAAGCUAUAUAAAGAAUGAUGGUACACAAGUUAAAGUUCCAUUAGACAACAACUGCUACUUAAACUUAUAUGGAGACGAACAAAAGAAAUAUUUCCGAGUUUAUGAAAUGGCAGAUAUGACAUUGCCUGACCCAGCUCCAGCACCAUAUUAUUAUGACUAUGUAGAUGACGAAGGAACACUACAUGCAGAUGAACAAAAGCAAACAUUAUAUUUAGAUUAUUAUAGAUAUAAAAGAUAUAAUGCAAUAGAAAAAACGAGAAUAGUAUAUUAUUAUAUAUAA